AUGGGAGGUCCCGUCUCGCGCUUAGCGCUGGUCUUCGACGACGCGACGUCAUUGCUUCGGUGCCUGCGCCUGCUGGCAAAGGUGGAGUCGGUGGCGACGGAAUCGGCGGCUGAUCCGGAAGCCCAGGAGCCCUCCGAAGUCGAAGCAGAGAAGAAAGACGAAGAGGAUGGCAAGGAGGCCGCUUCAAAGCAGGGCCAGGAAGUUGAGGGAGAGCCGGAGACCUCGCCGCAAGAGCUUGGCCCUGGGGAUGCCCAGGAGGAUCCCGAGCCAUUGGGAUCCCAGGCCCAGGCACCCGAAAGGGAAGUGUCGGAUGCAGCGAAGGGACCCGAAAUGGAGGAGCUGCAGCCGGUCCCCUCUUCGGAAAAUGCGGACGGGGAUUUGGGGCCACAAGCAGACAUGCAGCAGGGAGAUGUGGAACCGAAGCCCAAGGCGGAGCAGCUAGCAGCGGCAGAGGCUUCUCCGGAGGAGUCAGGGGCAGAGCCAGCCGGCCCUGAAACCGCAGACGUGCUCCCAGAAAGCGCGGCUUCGGGGCCCAGGGCUACGGAAGCAAAGGAAGCCGAAGCUGCUGCUUCCGCAUCUGAAGAUCCCUGCGAUCCGGAAGUACCCGCAGCUGCAAAAAAAGAAGAGCAGCCGACGGUGUCCAUCGUACAGGAUCCGGUGGCAUUGCAAUCAGUGAAGCCGAAGAAUGAAGUGAAAGUUGUGCCAACUCAAGCUCAGCAGAUUGCGAGGUCCGCUGAGAAGUCGGCGAUUGUCGAUGAAGACUCCGACUGCUUGGCGAAAGAAGAACCGGCUCAGGAAACUUUGCCGGUGGCCUCGGCCUCACCAGCACCGCCGCCCCCACCAGCACCGGCAGUCAAGGCCGAGAGCAUUCCUGGCAUGCCUCCAGAGGGCGGCUACAAGGAUUCCGGAGGCCUGCCUGCUGCAGCAGCACCAGCGUCUGCAGAAGCAAAGGCCAAGCCCAGCCCAGCGCUGGCCAAGGCGUCUCAGCUUGACGGAGCAGAGGAAGGACCAGGAGGCCCGCCAGCGAUACCCAGCAUGUCGCCAAAGACUGGUGCAAAGCCACUGCCGCCUGAAGCACCACCACCACUGACCGCAGAAGCAAAGGACAAGCCCAGCCCAGCGCUGGCCAAGGCGUCUCAGCUCGACGGAGCGGAUGAAGGACAAGGAGACCCGCCAGCGAUGCCCAGCAUGUCGCCAAAGACUGGUACAAAGCCACUGCCGCCUGCAGCACCACCACCACUGACCGCAGAAGCAAAGGCCAAGCCCAGCCCAGCGCUGGCCAAGGCGUCUCAGCGUGACGGAGCGGAUGAAGGACAAGGAGGCCCGCCAGAAAUGCCCAGCAUGUCGCCAAAGACUGGUGCAAAGCCACUGCCGCCUGCAGCACCACCACCACUGACCGCAGAAGCAAAGGCCAAGCCCAGCCCAGCGCUGGCCAAGGCGUCUCAGCUUGACGGAGCAGAGGAAGGACCAGGAGGCCCGCCAGCGAUACCCAGCAUGUCGCCAAAGACUGGUGCAAAGCCACUGCCGCCUGAAGCACCACCACCACUGACCGCAGAAGCAAAGGACAAGCCCAGCCCAGCGCUGGCCAAGGCGUCUCAGCUCGACGGAGCGGAUGAAGGACAAGGAGACCCGCCAGCGAUGCCCAGCAUGUCGCCAAAGACUGGUACAAAGCCACUGCCGCCUGCAGCACCACCACCACUGACCGCAGAAGCAAAGGCCAAGCCCAGCCCAGCGCUGGCCAAGGCGUCUCAGCUUGACGGAGCAGAGGAAGGACCAGGAGGCCCACCAGCGAUACCCAGCAUGUCGCCAAAGACUGGUGCAAAGCCACUUCCGCCUGCAGCACCACCACCACUGACCGCAGAAGCAAAGGCCAAGCCCAGCCCAGCGCUGGCCAAGGCGUCUCAGCUUGACGGAGCAGAGGAAGGACCAGGAGGCCCGCCAGCGAUACCCAGCAUGUCGCCAAAGACUGGUGCAAAGCCACUUCCGCCUGCAGCACCACCACCACUGACCGCAGAAGCAAAGGCCAAGCCCAGCCCAGCGCUGGCCAAGGCGUCUCAGCUUGACGGAGCAGAGGAAGGACCAGGAGGCCCGCCAGCGAUACCCAGCAUGUCGCCAAAGACUGGUGCAAAGCCACUGCCGCCUGCAGCACCACCACCACUGACCGAAGAAGCAAAGGCCAAGCCCAGCCCAGCGCUGGCCAAGGCGUCUCAGCCCGAAGGAGCAGAGGAAGGACAAGGAGGCCCGCCAAUGCCCGGCAUGUCGCCAAAGACCGGUGCAAAGCCAUUGCCGCCUGCAGCACCACCACCACUGACCUCACAAGCAAAGGCCAAGCCCAGCCCAGUGUUGGCCAAGGCGUCUCAGCUUGACGGAGCAGAGGAAGUACCAGGAGGCCCACCAGCGAUACCCAGCAUGUCGCCAAAGACUGGUUCAAAGCCACUGCCGCCUGCAGCACCACCACCACUGACCGCAGAAGCAAAGGCCAAGCCCAGCCCAGCGCUGGCCAAGGCGUCUCAGCUUGACGGAGCAGAGGAAGGACCAGGAGGCCCGCCAGCGAUACCCAGCAUGUCGCCAAAGACUGGUGCAAAGCCACUGCCGCCUGCAGCACCACCACCACUGACCGCAGAAGCAAAGGCCAAGCCCAGCCCAGCGCUGGCCAAGGCGUCUCAGCUUGACGGAGCGGAUGAAGGACAAGGAGGCCCGCCAGAAAUGCCCAGCAUGUCGCCAAAGACUGGUGCAAAGCCACUGCCGCCUGCAGCACCACUACCACUGACCGCAGAAGCAAAGGCCAAGCCCAGCCCAGCGCUGGCCAAGGCGUCUCAGCUUGACGGAGCAGAGGAAGGACCAGGAGGCCCGCCAGCGAUACCCAGCAUGUCGUCAAAGACUGGUGCAAAUCCACUGCCGCCUGCAGCACCACCACCACUGACCUCAGAAGCAAAGGCCAAGCCCAGCCCAGCGCUGGCCAAGGCGUCUCAGCUCGACGGGGCGGAUGAAGGACAAGGAGGCCCGCCAGCGAUGCCCAGCAUGUCGCCAAAGACUGGCGCGAAGCCGCUGCCUCCUGCACCACCGCCACCGACCACACAAGGCAAGGCCCAUGCAGGGCAAGGAGGUUUGCUACCUGGUACGGCUCAGAUGCAGCGGUCCCCUCCCGAUGCAAUGAGUCCAACACUAGCACGAAGUCCGGUACCUGCCGCGCCCGUUCAUCCAGCUGUGCCAGCAAGCGCAGCUCUACCUGUGCCGCCCCCACCACCAGGGCCAUUGCCGAUCAAUGUCAUGAUGAACUCGUGCGGGCCAAGGGUGCAAGCAGUGGAUGAGCUGCAGCUGGUGCCGGAAGAUUCGCAGCACAGCCAGACAGCGAUGUUCCUGUCGCCGCAAAGCAGGCUGUGCACGUCUGACGUAGCACCGGCCGCAUCCGAGCAGAAAGCAGAGCCAGAAGAGCAGCCGGCUUCUGCCAAGCUGCCGUCAGAUGCAACAGCAUCGCGUGAAGAACCCGCAACACAUCUUGCUACAACGGCCGAGCCAGCGGCAGUUCAGGACCAGCCAACCGCAGUGGCGGUGCAAGCAGAGGUGCAAGCAGUGGAUGAGCUGCAGCUGGUGCCGGAAGAUUCGCAGCCAGACAGCGAUGUUCCUGUCGCCGCAAAGCAGGCUGUGUCUGACGUAGCACCGGCCGCGUCCGAACAGGAAGCAGAGCCAGUAGAGCAGCCGGCUUCUGCCAAGCUGCCGUCAGAUGCAAAAGCAUCGCACGAAGACCCCGCAGCACAGCUUGCUACAAGGGCGGAGCCAGCGGCAGUUCAAGACAAGCCAACUGCAGCGGCGGAGCAAGCAGAGGGGCAAGCGGUGGAUGAGCUGCAGCUGGUGCCGGAAGAGUCGCAGCCAGACAGCGAUGUUCAGGUCACGGCAGAGCCGGCUGUGUCUGACGUAGCACCGGCCGCAUCCGAGCAGGAAGCAGAGCCAGAAGAGCAGCCGGCUUCUGCCAAGCUGCCGUCAGAUGCAAAAGCAUCGUCGGAGCCUUGGUUAACUGCUGUCGACGGCACGAAGACCCCGCAGCACAGCUUGCUACAAGGGCGGAGUCAGCGUGCGACUCUCAGCACAAUCGCGGCAGCUUCGCAGAAUUUCGUAGAGCUGCGUCAUCGCGAUGAUGGACAUGAUGGCUCAGGGCAGUUCAAGACAAGCCAACUGCAGCGGCGGAGCAAGCAGGGGCAAGCGGUGGAUGAGCUGCAGCUGGUGCCGGAAGAGUCGCAGCACAGCGCCUGGACAUCUUGCUUCCGAGUGCUUCUGCUUCUUAUUGGGGAGGUGAGUGCUUCUCGUCUGGGGACCCAGGCCAGACAGCGAUAUUCCGGUCACCGCGAAGCAGGCUGUGCACGCGCCUGA